CAUCACCGUCUCUCACUUGUCAUCUCGAGCUCUGGCAUAUUUUUGCCAGAUUUAUCACGGUACCAUGGUACAGUAGCUCAGUAUGGAUGGUGGCAGCUUUAUGAUGCUGCAGAAAGACCCAAAGGCCCUUCUCUGAACCCCGCCAGGACUCUAAAGAACUCUCCAGGGAAUCCCCAACUCCUCCUUUGGUCCACCUUCGGUUUCAGAGUCCAUGGACGGACUGUAGUAGGGAAAGGUUGCAGCAAUGGAGAUGGGUGCCAACUCUCUCGGGGUGUCCGGGUCCUCCUCUGGCUCCAGCGAUUCCCUCCACGGGCUCGCGUUCGGGAAAAAGAUUUACUUUGAGGACGGUGGUGGUGGUGGUGGUGGCGGUUAUGGUGGGAGCUCGUCCAAUGCCCCCGUAGCCCCGUCUCCUGCUCCGGUGGCGGCGGCGGCGGCGGCGGCACCGCCUCAGCAUGCGAAGAAGGGGAAGGGAGUGGUGCAUGGAGGGAAGCAGCAGCCUCCGAGGUGCCAGGUGGAGGGCUGCCAUGUGGAUCUCACCGGGGCGAAAGCUUAUUACUGUCGACACAAAGUCUGUGGGAUGCACUCAAAGGCACCAAAAGUGAUGGUUGCAGGCUUGGAGCAGCGGUUCUGUCAGCAAUGUAGCAGAUUUCACCAGUUACCCGAAUUUGACCAAGGGAAACGCAGUUGCCGCAGACGGCUUGCAGGCCAUAAUGAGCGUCGAAGGAAGCUGCCGCCUGGGCCUUUUGCAUCACGAUAUGGUCGCAAUGCUUCAUCCUUCCAUGGACCAAGCAGAUUCAGAAGCUUUCUCAUGGACUUUAAUUAUCCAAGGUUUUCUAGCAACACAGGGGACGUUUGGCCAACCAUUAGGCCCGCCGAUCGGGUGGUCGGUAACCAGAUCAGUCUGGGACUCUUGUUUCCACCUUCUGGUGCCGCAAUGGCACAUGACGGCCAUCCACCUUUAGAGGAGCCACUGUACUCCAUCCCUCAAAUUCCACCAGGUGAAUGUCAUGCAGGAGUCACCGACUUGAGCUGUGCUCUCUCUCUUCUGUCAACUCAACCGCCAUGGAGCAGCAACACCACUCUCCGGAAUCAGACUUCAACCUCCUCAGCAAGCAGCAGCUUCGAUGGCACCUCAACAGCGCAGCCAGCCAUUUCGAACACUUGCAUGACGAACCAAUGGAGUUUUAUCGGUAACGGAGGAAGGAGGAGUAACUCUCAAAAUGUGCAACGGGACAUGGGUUUAGCCACAGUGGCAGCCGAGGAUGUCCAUGGUCAGUUCUCAGGUGAACUGGAAUUAGCUCGACAGGGGAAUGGGCAGUGCCUCGGCCAUGUCAUGCACUGGUCACUCUAGAGCAUCUGUUUUCUCUCUCCUUGGAGCUGUCAAUGAUGUGUUUUUGGAUUGUGAUAGUGCGAGGAUUUGGACUGUUAAGAAGCAUCAGCUCAUCCUUGUGCGUGUGAUGGUUUAUGUAAAGAUCAUUGGAUCUCAAAACUAGUUGAGUUGUAAUGUUUUCUUUUGGUGCUAAGUUGCAACAUCUCUCUCAGUGAUAGAGAUGUUUGUAAGGAGUCGCACCAUUGACUUUGGUAGCGUUCACUGUACUAGAGAGGAGACUAAGAAGAGGUCUUUUAACUGCUACCGUUGUUUAUAGAUGGUUAAGCUUAU